CUGAGUGUCAUGGCGGCGUUGGUCAGAGCUGUGAAGUGCCAGACUGGAAUGCCUCAAUGGAUUACAGUAUGCAGUGGAUUAAUACAAUCAACCUUGCCACAAGCACAGUGGGACAGAAUGCUCUAUGGCACUCUUCAGCAGAGGCAUGAGACUGGCCAACCCCAGCUGAAUAAAGUAUGUGGUGGAUUGAUACAAACCAGUGGUGCAAGAACACAGCAAAGGAGAAUGCUUCACAGCACUGAUCAGUUUCUUGCUGCAAAAGAUUCUCUGCAGCCAUCUGAAGAGAAAGUGGGUGCCUUCACAAAGAUAAUAGAAGCAAUGGGAUUCACAGGACCACUGAAAUAUAACAAAUGGAAGAUUAAGAUAGCGGCUCUGCGCAUGUACACUUGCUGUGUGGAGAGAACUGACUACGAGGAAUUCUUUCACAGGUGCCAUAUGCCUGAUACAUUGAACUCUUGGUUUCUAAUAGCCCAACUUCAUGUCUGGAUGUGUCUGGUACGAAUGAAACAGGAGGGUCGAGCUGGAAAAUACAUGUGUCGCUAUAUAGUUCAUUCUAUGUGGGAAGACGUUGAACAGCGUGGUAAGGUGAUGGGGAUUGAUUCUUUUACUCUAAAACAAAGUAUGAGAAGCAUGACAGAAAAUUUCUAUGCAGCUAUAUUUGGAUAUGAUGAGGGGAUUUUGUCUGAUGACCACGUACUGGCAGCAGCCCUAUGGAGAAACCUUUUCAACAAGCACUGUGAGGACCCCAGGCAGCUGGAACUGCUAGUGGAGUAUGUGCGCAAGCAGAUGCAGUACCUGGAUGCUAUAAAUGGAGAGGACCUGCUACUGACUGGUGAAGUGAAUUGGCGCCCUCUUGUGGAGAGUAAUGCCCAAAGCAUCCUGAAGCCAACUUCCCCAGCGUAUAAUGAUGAAGGACUCUGAGACCUUCAUCAGUCAAUGAACAAUGUGUUAAACUUUCAUUCUGUGGGGUACCCAAGAAGGGAAGGAAUAAAUAUUUGCUGUUGAAAGAAUAUAUUUAAAUAAAUAGCCUUUUUGUAUUGAUUUACAUGUUGGUAAACCUGA